AUCCACCUCGGGGAUUAGUGAACAAACUAUGAAAUUAUGUUUAAUGAAUCACUUAAUAAUGUUGGUGUUAAAUGAUUUAAAUGAGUCGUAUUAAAACCCUUUAUAAAAAAAAAAAAAUGUCAUACUAUGCUUGAAAAAUGGGUCGAAAUAUCCGUUUUUGAAGGAAGCGAGAUUUGGGACCCUCGCGAGAACUCAGAUUUGAAGCGACUCUGCUUGUGACCCAGAUAAAAUGGCUAACCGAGGUUAGCUUUAAUAACGUGAAGUAAAGUGCAGAAUUGUGAUACCAAAUGUUUACUCUGAGCUUUUUGUUUGGCGGCUCUUCUAUCUGUGCCGGAGCAAACGAAACGCAGAAGUGCCCUCGGUCAUGUCAGACAGCAUCUGGCGACAGAACGACGCGUGUUUCAACCAGAAAUAACAAGGAAACGUUAGCAUUAAGUCACAGGCAGGACUCUGGAGACGUCUGAGGAGUCACGUUAGCAACAACAACAGGUACCUUAGCAACUGCAAACGCUUCUAUUAUUCAACAGCCUCCGGAGCAUGCCGUCUGUUGAAUCACCUUCUGGACGGGGAGACAGCAGCCAAAAAUAUCAUCAUGAGAUUGAAAACAUCGCUGCUACAGGAACCUAAACAUAAGGAACUUGUUAGUUGCGUUGGCUGGACCACAGCAGAUGAGCUGUACUCAUGUAGUGAAGACCACCAGAUUCUGAAAUGGAACCUGUUGACUAGUGAGACCAGUCUGGUUGUCAAAUUGCCAGAGGAUAUCUACCCAAUUGACCUUCACUGGUUCCCCAAAACCGUUGGUGGCAAGAAACAGAACCAGACUGAGAUCUUUGUCCUUACCAGCACUGAUGGGAAGUUCCACCUGACCUCCAAGAUAGGGCGCAUUGAGAAAAGUGUCGAAUCACACAAAGGAGCUGUUUUGGCAGGAAGAUGGAACUAUGACGGGACCGCUCUAAUCACAGCUGGAGAAGAUGGACAUAUCAAGAUCUGGUCAAAAAGUGGGAUGCUGCGCUCAACACUGGCCAGCCAAGGGUCUCCUGUGUAUUCUGUGUCCUGGGGUCCGGACUCGGACAGAAUCCUCUACACGUCAGGAAGACAGCUGAUCAUCAAGCCUCUGCAGCCUAGCGCCAAAGUCAUACAGUGGAAGGCCCAUGACGGGAUCAUUCUAAAGGUUGACUGGAAUUCCGUCAAUGACCUCAUACUGUCAGGUGGAGAGGACUGCAAGUAUAAGGUUUGGGACAGUUACGGCCGUCUGCUUUACUCUUCGUCGUCACAUGACUACCCGAUCACGUCUUUGUCCUGGGCACCGGAUGGAGAGGUGUUUGCUGUGGGCUCCUAUAACACCCUGCGGCUCUGUGACAAGACUGGAUGGUCCUAUGCAUUGGAGAAGCCAAACACCGGCAGUGUGUUCAGCUUAGCCUGGUCUGCAGACGGCACCCAGCUGGCUGGAGCCUGCGGCAACGGGCACGUCAUCUUUGCCCAUGUGGUGGAGCAGCAUUGGGAGUGGAAGAACUUUGUUAUCACCCUUACCAAGAGGAGAACCAUGCAGGUGAGGAAUGUGAUGAAUGAUGCAGUGGACGUAUUGGAGUUCAGAGAUCGAGUCAUCAAAGCCUCUUUGGCUUUUGGUCACCUAGUUGUCGCUACAUCUCUCCAGUGUUAUGUCUACAACUCAAGAAACUGGAAUACUCCCCUCAUCUUUGACUUGAAGGAGGGAACAGUUAGCCUCAUCCUGCAAGCAGAGAAACAUUUCCUGCUGGUGGAUGGUGCGGGGUUGUAUACGUUUUCCUAUGAAGGUAGGCUGGUCUCUUCGCCCAAGUUCCCUGGUAUGAGAGCCGACAUCCUCAAUGCCCAGAGUGUCUCGCUUAGUAACGACACCAUCGCCAUCCGAGACAAGAGCGAUGAAAAAGUCAUCCUUCUUUUUGACGUCCUCACCGGGAAAGCCCUUGGCGAUGGCAAGUCCUUGUCUCAUAAGCUGGAGGUGGUGGAGGUAGCUCUGGACCAGUGUGGCCCUUCCAAUGAACGGAAAAUUGCACUGGUAGACAAGAACCGGGACCUUUACUUGACCUCUGUGCGUCAUCUCGGGCGAGAACCCAAAAUCUGCAAGAUUGGCAACAUGGUUCACAGUAUGGCAUGGAAUGAUGCUGCUAACAUCCUGUGUGGAGUCCAAGACAACCAGCUAUCAGUGUGGUACUACCCGAGUGCUGUCUUCACUGACAAGGAACUGCUGCCAAAAUCUCUGUACAUAAAGGAUGGCAGUGAGUUCAGCUGUGCACCCCACGUUCUGAGCUAUGUUGGCGCCAAGGUGACGUUACGCCAGGGAGACGGUUCACUGGUUUACAGCAGUGUACCUCCAUAUCCAGCCCUCCUGCAUGAAUAUAGCAGCUCUGCACGCUGGGAGGACGCACUGCGCCUUUGUCGAUUUGCCAAGGAACCAUCUUUGUGGGCAUGUCUCGCUGGUAUGGCAAUGUCAAACAGGGAGCUGAAGACUGCUAAGGUGGCUUAUGCUGCUAUUGGAGAGUUGCCCAAAGUUCAGUACAUCAACUUUAUAGAGGAGCUGCCGUCUAAGGAGUCCGCUUUGGCCCACAUGCUGAUGUUCAGCGGUCAGGUCCAGGAGGCCGAGGCCACUCUGUUGCAAGCUGGUCUCAUCUACCAGACCAUAAGGGUCAACAUCGACCUCUUCAACUGGGAGAGGGCAUUGGAGCUGGCAGUCAAACACAAGACUCAUGUGGACACCGUGCUGGCUUAUAGGCAGAAGUUUCUGCAGAAAUUUGGCAGAAAGGAGACCAAUAAGAGAUUCCUGCAGUACGCUGAAGGAGUCGAGGUGGACUGGGAGAAGAUCCAGGCAAAGAUAGAGAUGGAGUUGGCUAAAGAGAGAGAGAAAGCUGCUAAUGCGUCUGUGAGGAGCAGCGUGGCCUCGCGGCGUUAAUGUUCAGGGACUUUUCUCCAAAACGGCAGCUUUAAAGGAGUGGACCCAUGUGUUUAUGACAUUUGGUGACUGUUGGCGGUGGAUUGAUUCUGCCUCAUUGAAAAAGAAGAUUGUCUGUGCUUAAGAAACAAGCUCCACCAGAAGCUCCAACUACAUAACUUUAGGGGACAUUUGGAGAUGUGAAGAAACUGUUACACUACAUCCUGCUGCAUACGCUGAGUAAUGUAAAACCAAGACACUAACAUUUUUACAUUCUGUUACUGUGAUUGGAUGAUUGGACUUCUGAGUAUUUUUAUAUCUCAGCAACAACACCAUAAUGGCCUUUCUGUCAUAUCAGCUCCUUAGUGGUUUCAGUGUGUCCAUUUUUGUAGUUGUUAUCCUUUUUCCAUUUUGAAAAUGAACUUGUUCAGGUACACACAAACGUAUUGUUUUGACUUUGAGUUUUUAUAUGUCUAGAUAUUUUUACAGAUUCUAUAUUUAAUAUUUUGCCUCCUGUAACUGAUGAGUAAUUAAAAAAAAAAAGAUGGAAACACUGUA